CGGCUGGGAGGAGCCGCCGCCGCCGCCGGUCGGUCGGUCCGUCCCUCGCCCGGACGCCCGCGCUUCCAGACCCGGGGCCAGGGGGCUCGGGGCGGGCGGCGGGCCGCGGGGAUGGGGGGCGAGCGGCAGCAUUACUACGGGAAGCACGGGACACCGCAGAAGUAUGACCCUACCUUCAAAGGACCCAUUUAUCACAGGGGCUGCACAGACAUCAUCUGCUGUGUGUUCCUCCUCCUGGCCAUAGUGGGCUAUGUGGCUGUAGGCAUCAUAGCCUGGACCCAUGGGGACCCUCGGAAGGUGAUCUACCCUACUGAUAGCCGAGGCGAGUUCUGCGGGCAGAAGGGCACAAAAAAUGCGAACAAACCCUUCCUGUUUUAUUUCAACAUCGUGAAGUGUGCCAGCCCCCUGGUCCUGCUGGAAUUCCAGUGUCCCACCCCUCAGAUCUGCGUGGAGAAGUGCCCCGACCGUUACCUCACCUACCUGAAUGCUCAGAAAUCCCAGGACUUUGAAUACUACAAGCAGUUCUGUGUGCCUGGCUUCCAGAACAACAAGGGUGUGGCUGAAGUGCUUCGGGAUGGCGACUGCCCUGCUGUACUCAUCCCCAGCAAACCUUUGGCCCGGCGAUGCUUCCCAGCCAUCCACGCCCACAAGGGAGUCCUCAUGGUGGGCAAUGAGACGACCUACGAGGAUGGGCAUGGCUUUCGAAAAAACAUCACAGAGCUGGUGGAGGGAGCUAAGAAGGCCAACGGGGUCCUGGAGGCCCGGCAGCUGGCCAUGCGGAUAUUUGAAGAUUACACGGUCUCCUGGUACUGGAUAGUCAUAGGCCUGGUCAUCGCCAUGCUGAUGAGCCUCCUCUUCAUCGUCCUGCUCCGCUUCCUGGCCGGCAUCAUGGUCUGGGUGAUGAUCAUCAUGGUGAUUCUGGUGCUGGGCUAUGGUAUAUUUCACUGCUACAUGGAGUACAUGCGACUGCGAGGCGAGGCCGGCUCUGACAUCUCCCUGGUGGACCUUGGCUUCCAGACCGACCUCCGCGUGUACCUGCAUUUGCGGCAGACGUGGAUGGCCUUCAUGAUCAUUCUGAGCAUCCUUGAGGUCAUUAUCAUCUUGCUGCUCAUCUUUCUGCGGAAGAGAAUUCUCAUCGCCAUCGCGCUCAUCAAAGAAGCCAGCAGGGCUGUGGGAUACGUGAUGUGCUCCCUGCUAUACCCACUGGUCACCUUUCUCCUGCUGUGCCUUUGCAUCGCCUACUGGGCCAGCACUGCUGUCUUCCUGUCCACUUCCAACGAAGCGGUCUAUAAGAUCUUUGAUGACGGCACCUGCCAGUUUGCUGGAAAAACCUGCAACCCUGAGACCUUCGCCUCCUCCAACGAAUCCCGCCUGUGCCCUGGUGCCCACUGCCAGUUUGCCUUCUACGGUGGUGAGUCGGGCUACCAUCGGGCCCUGCUGGGCCUGCAGAUCUUCAAUGCCUUCAUGUUCUUCUGGCUGGCCAACUUCGUGCUGGCCUUGGGCCAGGUUACACUAGCUGGGGCCUUUGCCUCCUACUACUGGGCCCUGCACAAGCCAGAUGACCUGCCUGCUUUCCCACUCUUCUCUGCCUUUGGCCGGGCACUCAGGUACCACACAGGCUCCCUAGCCUUUGGUGCCCUCAUUCUGGCCAUUGUGCAGAUCAUCCGAGUGAUGCUUGAGUACCUGGAUCAGCGCCUGAAAGCUGCAGAGAACAAGUUCGCCAAGUUCCUCAUGACGUGUCUCAAAUGCUGUUUCUGGUGCCUGGAGAAAUUCAUCAGAUUCCUCAACAGGAAUGCCUACAUCAUGAUUGCCAUCUACGGCACCAACUUCUGCACCUCGGCCAGGAAUGCCUUCUUCCUGUUGAUGAGAAACAUCAUCAGAGUGGCCGUCCUCGACAAAGUUACCGACUUCCUUUUCCUGUUGGGCAAACUUCUGAUUGUGGGUAGCGUGGGGAUCCUGGCUUUCUUCUUUUUCACCCACCGGAUCAGGAUUGUGCAGGACACAGCACCACCCCUCAAUUAUUACUGGGUCCCUAUACUGACGGUGAUCAUCGGCUCCUACCUGAUUGCCCAUGGCUUCUUCAGUGUCUACGGCAUGUGUGUGGACACGUUGUUCCUCUGCUUCUGUGAGGACCUGGAAAGGAAUGACGGCUCUCAGGAGCGACCCUACUUCAUGUCGCCCGAGCUGAGAGACAUCCUGUUGAAGGGGAGUGCGGAGGAGGAGGGGAAGCGGGCAGAAGUUGAGGAGUAGAGAGCGAGGGAGGCGUGGGGGCCGGGCAGGCCUCCUCGUUUCCUCCCUGUAGACCGGGGGUGCAUGCGGGGUGACCCUGCCUGGGAGUGCGGGGAGCGUGUGUGUCCUGUUCCCGAGCCCACCAGAGCCUGCCCCUCUGUGGUCCCAGUGUGUCUUGCUUCCUAACCCUCUGAGGCUUCUCUGUGGCCCUGGUCCUUGCGCCCUGUCCCCGGAGGCCCCUGCCCAUGGGCUCCCCUCAUGCCACCGUCUCUGGGGCCUCUCUCCGCAGUGGAGGACCUGGAGAGGAAUGAUGGCUCAGCCGAGAGGCCUUACUUCAUGUCUCCCAACCUUAAGAGGCUCUUGAACAAGACCAACAAGAAGCUGGCAGAGUCCUAAAGGCCCCGCUCCCCGCCCCCCCACCUUUCCAGAAGUCUCACACUGGGUGCUCGGCAGCUGGGUCAGAAGCCCUGGCCCCUGGGCUCACCUGAAGUCCUAUCACUGCCGCCUCCCCCCUCCCCUCCACCGCCAACCAUCCAGUUAUACUGCUGGAUUCCAGGGACCUGGAGGAUUUGGGGCAUCUCCGUCCUGUGCCAAGGGGCAGUUGGAUUUUCACGGCAGCGCCCCAGAACUGCACAGGUCACUGCAGCCCUCACUGGCCUGGACGGUGGGGAGAAGUCUGGUGAGGCCUCUUGACGUCUGGCAUGCAGCGGGGCCUGGGCCGCCUCAUGCUUCCUGUUCCCCUCUGACAACGGGGCGGCCUUUGUGUCUGCAAGAGGGGUGGCUCUAGCAAGCUCCAGCUUCUAAAGGCCCCCCCACGUUCGUUGGCUCACUGGUGUCUGCCCAGGCCAGGACUGAGCCCCUCCUCCGCGGCUGAACAGCUGGCACACAGGCUGCCACACGCAUUUCUUUAUUAUUUUUUAACCUGGACAUGCAUUAAAGGGUCUAUUAGCUUUUUCUGUCUGUCUCAACGGCUGAGAUGGGGCCAGCUGUGGAGUGCCUUCUGUCCCCCCCUCCCCACCGAGCAUGGCUGGGGUGGGGGGAGCGGUGGCAUGGCCAGGUGGGGAUGUCUCCUGGCAUGGGAGGCCACAGCAGGGGGAUCCUGGAAGGAGAGGGAGUGAGUCUGUCGGGGGAGGGCAGCAGGGAGCGGAAGGUGUGGAGCCGGCCCAGAGCAGGAGGGAGGAGCCCACUAAGAGCUGCUUAAUGGAAACCUGCUGGUGAAUGUCCCCCCAUCUGCCAGUUCUCGACACAGCUCUCUUUGUAAGAGAGAAAGCAGCUGAAUCCACCCAAGGGACCGUGUUAGGAGAAGGGGUGGGGGCAGAUGCUGUGGGCAACCCCCCUACCCCCACCCUAUCACUUCACCUUGAGGAUCUUUUUGCCAAAUUUGUUGAAUGCUGGGGACCUCCAGGUCCCACCCCCACCCCACCCUGACCCCGGGCCAUAUCCCCAGGCCCCUGACUUCAUGCCUUUGCUCAUCAGCACCUUGGCAGCCUCCCAGAGAGGGAGAAACCCAGCCUGGGGUCCCCGUCUCCUGUGCCUGCCUGCCAGCCCUCAGGCCCCCCGGCCUGUUUGCACACUCUCGCGUGUUAACUGCAUUCCAACCACUAAUAAAGUGCCUAUUGUACAGA